AUGGCGCUUCGAAGUGUAUCUCUUAUUACAUACCGCCGUCAGUCGAACCAGCGUGCACAUUUCGCAAUUUUCGUUCUCUCUGAUCCCAAUGAGAAUUUGGGAACGCGUAUUCACGUUAUUGGUGCCCCCAUGGCUGGUUAUCGACUUGAAUUUAAGAGAAAAUAUUCAGUAGAUCUGACCCAGCAGCCGCAUACUGCUUAUCUGAUUGGGCAAAUUGACUCCCAAUACCUUGCGGACGACGGAAAUAUCAAGGCCGGCGAUUAUUACACCCCAAAGGGCGCCAUAGAACUCGUAGCUAGUCAAAUUCCCCCACCAAGAAGGAGCCAAAAUUUUCUGGCUCCUGUUAACGAUACAACCAACAAAAGGUGCCAGGAAUGGACAAUGGAGUAUGUUCGUCGACUUGUUGACCUUGGAUACAUCGAUGCUAGCGCCAUUCAGAUUGUCCAGUCCAAACGUGAUCCUCCAACUCAUGGUAUUGGUCUGCAGCCUGUUGAAUAG